AAUCUGCAUCUCAUAUCAAUAUACCAAGUGCUUCAAGCAGUAAUCAGUGAUGGAACGGCCUCAUGCAUUAGUUCUCCCAUUGCCACUUCAAGGCCAUGUCAUCCCUCUUCUUGAACUAUCUAACCGUUUGGUUGAGAGAGGGUUCAAGGUCACAUUUGUUAACACUGAGUUGAACCAUGCUCGCAUCACUAGUGCCAUGUCAAACAGCAGCUGUGACAUGAAUCAGAUUCAUUUUGUUACAGUCCCUGACGGAAUUGAGGAAGGAGAUGACCCAAGUGAUCUUGUCAGGAAGCGUGAAGGAUUACGGAGAGUCUUGCCUGCAUCUUUGGAGGAGCUAAUAAAGAAGAGCAACAUGGUGGAAGAUCAUAAGUUCACAUGUUUCAUUGUUGAUGUCUUCAUGGCCUCGACUUUGGAUGUUGCUAAGAAAGCAGGACUCCAUACGGUCAUCUUCUACCCAGGGGGCCUCGGAACUUUGCUCAUUGGAUCAAGCAUUCCCAAGCUAAUUGCAGAUGGCAUCAUUGACGAACAAGGAGAGGUAAAAACAAAAGGAAAGUUCCAAAUAAAUCUUGAAAUGCCUUCUAUGGAAACCGCUGAUUUGCCAUGGCAGUGUUUCCCAGACGUCAAAACCAAACAUCAUAUGUUUAAAUUCAGCUUGAAUGUUGGUACCACUAUCAACACGGAAGAGCUUAUCCUUUGCAACUCAUUCUUUGGCCUUGAAAAUGGGAAGUCCAUCCUUCCGCCAAACAUAUUACUGAUAGGGCCAUUGCUCGCCAAUCAAGAACUCAAAAAACCUAAAGGAUACUUGUGGGAGGAGAAUACAUCCUGCAUCACAUGGCUUGACAAACAACUUCCCAACUCAGUGAUUUACAUUGCUUUUGGUAGCUACACAAUGUUUGAUCACUGCCAGUUUGAAGAGCUUGCUCUCGGGUUGGAACUCUCUGACAAGAGGUUCUUGUGGGUAGUGAGGCCCGGGUUGAGCAGAGAUGAGGAUGUUGGAUUUUUGGCAAGAUUUAGGUCCAGGGUCGAAGGAAGGGGAAUGAUAGUUCGUUGGGCUCCUCAGCAGCAGGUAUUGGCUCACUGUUCCAUUGCUUGUUUUAUGUCUCAUUGUGGAUGGAAUUCAACAUUAGAGGGAUUGGCAAAUGGAGUGCCAUUUCUUUGUUGGCCAUAUUUUGCUGAUCAGUUUAUCAGCCAAGGUUACAUUUGUGAUAUUUGGAAAACUGGUUUGAGGAUGAAUCUUGACGGUAACAAAGUUGUUUCAAGGAAGGAAAUUAAGAGGAAAGUGGAGGAGUUGAUGGGUGAUGAAGAGAUGAAGAUAAGGGCAAUGCAGCUGAAAGCGAGGGCUGAUAAGAGUGUCAAUAAAGGAGGGCAUUCUUUUGAGAAUUUCAACUGCUUUGUCAGUCGCAUGAACACUUCAGUCCAUUAAUAAAUAUUAUUUUUGUGAUAGAUGAAUCUUGGAUUCACUAAUAAGAGCACAAAUGUUAUUGAAGUGAGCUCCUAUUAAUAUUGUGUGGAAUCAUGGAAUACCACAGAAUUGAUGAGGUUGAUGAACCACUCAAAUUAUAUU